AUGCCGCGCCUUCCCAACCGCGACGCUGAACAGCAACUGCCCUUUACGGGCGACAAUGUCGACGACACCGACUUCUCACAUGACCUGUCGCACGCAGAAAAUGGAGGCGCACAUCCACGCACACGAUCCAUAAGAUCUCAGUCCAUCACAGCACAGUCGCUGUCAGGAUCGUACUCGCGCAACCCAGUGCGGUCCUUUGCGCACCAGACGUCGCAUAGCUUUGCUGGUUGGACCACCCCACUCCCUACAUACAAGCAACCAUUGACGAUAUUAGAUACGCCCCAAUACUCCUCGUCACAGGGCGUGCGCGAGAGGAGCGCCCAAUUGGCUUCCUAUGCCCUCGACGCCGAAGAGUACCAAGAUCGACCGCACCGCCAAAGCUUCGCCGAGACCGAUGCCGCUUCGGGAAGGCAUGCAGCACUCCUAUCAGAGUAUGCUGGAGGCAGGGCGUCACCUGACUCCGCAUGGGCAGAUACCAUAGACGAGGACAGCGAGCCAGAGACGCCAGAGACGGUCAUUGGGCCAGAUGGACACGAUCGCAACUUCUUCACUCCGUCUUCGCGGACAGGAUAUGAUGCUCAAUCACGGGAUCCACGCGGAGCUCCGCAUAGUUCGAGAGUGCCUAAUGUGCGGGUGCAGGAUACAGAGCGGACGCCCCUCCUGCCAGUGCCAAGACUAUCCCGGCUGGAGUCGCAGCCCAAGCAGACGUCCAAGCAGGAUCCGACACCGUCAGAUUCCAACGCCUCGGGCAUAUCCUACCGAAUCAAGGAGACAUUCUUCACUGGACGGCAGCAUGUCGUCGAAUUUCGCCGAAGCUUGACGAACCCGAAAAACUACACCAAGGAUGCUCUCGCUUCGACCGCACUGACCAGUCUGGCCAUGACAUCAGCUGUCUUCCUGGGUCUGUUGCUGAAUCUGCUGGACGCACUCUCAUAUGGCUACAUUCUGUUCCCGCUAGGCGCGCCCAUAUUUAGUCAGACCGGACCAGAUGGCAUCUCCAUCUUCUUCGUGAGCUGCAUCGUCUCCCAGCUAUGCUACUCGUUAGGCCUCUCGUCUUUCAAGGGUGGUGUUGGCUCUGAGAUGAUCGAAGUCGUGCCAUUCUUCCACAAGAUGGCUUAUUCUAUCAUGGAGCGGAUGGAAGGCCAAUCUCCUGAAGCCAUCAUCGCCACCACCAUCGUGGCCUACUGUACCAGCUCCGUUCUCACUGGACUCAUCUUCUUGGGUCUUGGCUCAUUCAAGCUCGGCAAUCUGGUCAGCUUCUUUCCCCGACACAUUCUCAUUGGCUGCAUUGGAGGUGUCGGAUUCUUUUUGGUGGUCACUGGCUUCGAAGUUUCCGCACGCAUAGAGGGCAACCUCAACUAUGAUCUAGAGACAUUGCAAAAGCUUUUAUCCGCCGAUACGUGGUAUUUGUGGUGUCUUCCUCUCUUCCUCGCCGUCUCCAUCAUGCUGCUUCAGCGCAUGGUCAAGAGUCCGUUCGUACUGCCAGCGUUUUUUGUUUGCGUCUUCGCGAUCUUCUACAUCAUCGUCGAGGGCAUCUUCCGCAUGGAUCUCGAGGUUGUUCGUAACGCUGGAUGGAUCUUUGAGCGGCCCGAGGCAGGUGUCCAGUUCUACAGAUUCUAUUCUUAUUUCAGUAAGUGCAUGUCUAGACCAUUGAUGGCCGAAGUGCUAAUAGUCAUUGCAGAAUUCGGCAGCAUCGAUUUCGGUGCACUGGCCAGCACCAUUCCCACCAUGUUUGCCCUUUCAUUCUUCGGUAUCAUCCACGUCCCAAUCAAUGUGCCGGCAUUGGGUGCGGCCGUCAAGGAAGACAAUCUCAACGUCAACCGCGAACUCAUCGCCCAUGGCAUCUCCAACACCCUGUCCGGACUUGUUGGAAGCAUCCAGAACUACCUCGUCUACGCAAACAGCGUCAUGUUCAUCAAUAAUGGAGGUGACAGCCGAACUGCCGGUCUGCUACUUGCUGCGGCAACAACUGCAGUGUGGAUCGCCGGCCCAGCAAUGAUUGGCUACAUUCCCAUCUGCCUGGUCGGAUCCCUCAUCUUCCUUCUUGGCAUCGACCUCAUGAAGGAAGCGUUGUGGGACACCUGGGGCAAAUGCCACAAGUUCGAGUACCUGACGAUUCUUGCGAUCGUGCUGAUCAUGGGCGUCUACGAUUUUGUCGUCGGCAUCCUUGUUGGUAUCGUUCUUGCUUGUGUCAGCUACGUGGUUCAGAGCUCCCGUCACCCAGCGCUGCGGGCAUCCUACAGCGGUGUUGUUGCAGAGUCGACAGUACGACGACCUCGUGCUGAUGUCCGAUACCUCAACAAGGUUCGCGGUCAGAUCCACGUGAUGAAGCUUGGCGGCUUCCUAUUCUUCGGAACUAUAGUGUCUGUUGAAGAGGAUAUGCGUGCGCUAAUUCAGGAAGACACUUUCAGAGAGCAGCCCGUUAGCUUCAUUAUUGUCGACUUUACGCAUGUCACUGAUGUCGACUUCUCCAGUUCAGAAGGCUUCCAACGCAUCAACCGCAUCCUCUCACGGAAGAACGUCAAGAUGGUUCUCUCUGGUGUCUCCUUCGCAAACCCAGUCGGACGCGCCUUGCGCAGUGUGGGUCUUCUAGACGAAGAAGAAGGCAACGAAGAAUGUCCUCCACCCCAAGUAUUCGAAGACCUCAACACAGCCCUCGAAUCCUGCGAAAACGAACUCCUCGAGGUCUUCCACAAGCACUGCAACUCCGCCUCCAAGCGCCAACAAACCACCCCGCCUAUGAGCAUCAACGGCGCCUCAACCGCCUCGGAGCAAAUCCCCACUGGCGGCACACCCACCUCCUCCUUCGGCGCCAGCUCCCUCAACCCCGCCUUCUCCUCCCCCCGCCGCGGCGCCCGCCUCGUCGCCGCACGCUCCACCAUGCGCGAAGCCCACACCGCACACGACACGCUCUCCAUCCCGUCCACCGAAACCUCCUCCACCCAAGCCCCUCCCUCGCGCUGGAAAAACUUCUCCCAACCCCUCAAGAUCAUCCUCCAGACGUUUGAGGAUAUCUCACCCAAGAACGAGGACUUCUGGCACGCCGUCGCCCCGUACUUUGAGCGCAAGGAAUAUCCCGCGGGCACUGUGCUGUAUUCGCGCGGCGACGACCCGGAUGGCUUUUAUAUCCUGGAAAAAGGACGGUUUCGCACCGAGUACUCGCUCGACCAGGGGAGUUUCUUCGAAGUCAUUCUGCCAGGCACGACGUGUGGCGAACUGCCCUUUUUUAGCGAGACGGAUCGCACGGGCACGGUCGCGGUCGAGGAGGAUAGUGUGGCGUGGCUGAUGACAAGAGACAGGUAUAGGGAACUUGAGAGCAAGGAUGCAGCUGUUAGUAGCGAGUUGCUCAAAGUGGGGUUGAAGUUGACCAAGGAGCGGAUGGAUGCUAUUACGAGUUAUGUACUUGUUACUGCGUCGUAG